CUCCAACUGACUGACAAACUACUUCAUCACUGUCAGCACUACUGGGCACUCUGAGUUCAGAUACAGAGUGUGCAGGGACAGUAUGUAGAACUGGCUCCUGUGAACUAACACUACCUCUACACUCUGAACAUUUGGACAUUCUCUGCAAGGCUGCCGAGAGUCUUACUGGUAAAAUGACACGCAAGAUCUUUACUAACACUAGAGAGAGAUGGAGGCAGCAAAAUGUAAACAGCGCCUUUGCCGAGCUAAGAAAACUCAUCCCCACUCAUCCUCCAGAUAAAAAACUGAGCAAAAAUGAAACUCUCAGACUGGCUAUGAGAUACAUAAAUUUCCUCAUUGACAUCCUGGGAGAUCAAGGAAUAACAAAGGUUGGAGUAAAUUCUCCUGGAAAUAUUUUGGGCCUUUUCGAACCUGAGCCAGAGAUGUCAAACAUUAAAGAAUGGACUGUCGAUAACAGCAGCGAUUCAUCCCCUGGAACAAGCAGCGAUACCCAGGACUGUUGGUCAUUGGCUCCAUCACCAUAGUUCUUUUCCAGUGGGUUGAUGAUUACCCAUCAAUUACAUUUACUGUAUAUAUCUAUAUCUUUACCUAUUGUAGGUUUUGUUGUUUAAUAAGAAAACCUUUCAUUUUUCAAAAUAUCCUUCUCCUUGAAAAGGAAACUUUGAUUUAAAAUUCAGGUUAAGAGUGCUUUGCACUAUUGAUUAUGUACUCGUUAAAUUCCGAGAUACAUAUUAGAUUCUAAAAUUGGCAUGGUUACAGUAUCAUGUAUUUUCUUUGGGUAUGGUGCCGCUAGUUACUUUUACUGUAUGGUGUUGAACCUUU